AUGGCUGCCGCUGAUAUCAUCUCAUUGACUGAUCAGAUUAAGCAGGAGGUCUCUUUUGAGUCUUCUACCUCUGGUCAUAGUCAUGCUCGUCUUCUUCGACUUGUGGACGAACUGAAGCUGGCUAUUGAGACUCCCACUGAGACUGUUCUUCGGUUGAUCUACCAGGUAAUUGCUCUUGUUUUUCCAAUCAUAAUUGGAUCUAUACUGACCAGCAUGUCUAUCAAGCCACCAGAGAAUGCUGCCUUGCGUACUGUGGUGGACUUGGGUAUCUUUCCAAUUCUUGUAAAGGACGGACAGAAAAACGGUCUCUCCGCAGCAGAUCUCGCUGUGUGCACUGGUGCCGACAAAGGAUUAAUUGUCCGUCUAAUGCGAGUCAUGACGGCUCUUGGCCUCUGUGCAAGCACCGAGGCAGAAGUAUACCGGCCCACCGAUAAAUCUCUCUCGAUGACCCAACCAAUCGGCCAGGAUGGCAUUCCCUGCAUCUAUGAUCUGACUGUCCCGACCCUAACGAAACUCCCCGAGUACCUCCGUGAACACAAUUACAGUAAUCCCGAAGAAUACAGUUCAUCGCCUAUGAAAUGGGCUGUGGGCCAAAGUCAAUUUGAAUGGCUCGCAAAAAACAAGAGACAUCAAGCUCUUUUCAAUUCAUACAUGUCCAGUCGACGCGAAGGCAAACCCAAUUGGCUCGACGUCUAUCCCCUAGAAAGACUAGUCGACGGCACAGCCUCACAUCCCGACUCCGUAUUCCUCGUGGAUAUUGGCGGUAACCAAGGCCAUGACCUUGGUAGGCUCAUGGCUCAACAUAGGACCACACCGGGCCGAGUUAUUCUACAGGAUCUGCCCAAGAUUGUCUCAACCGUCAACCGGCCAGGGAUUGAGGCAAUGGGGUAUAGCUUCUUGGACCCACAGCCGAUCAAGGGGGCGCGAGCCUACUACUUCCGAGCCAUCUUCCACGACUGGCCCGACCGUAUUUGCCACAAGAUUCUGUUGAACACUGCUUCUGCAAUGGAUCCUACCUAUUCGCGCAUCAUUAUUGUCGAUUUCGUACUGCCUGACACGAAUGCACCUCGCAUGCAAUCUGCCAUGGACAUCCAAAUGAUGAGCAUUGGUGCCGGCGUCGAAAGAUCCAAGCGCCAAUGGACGGAGCUUCUAGCCAGUGCUGGUUUGAAGAUUAACGGGAUUUGGAAUACAAGUCCAGGAAUGGAAUCGAUCAUCGAAGCUGUUCUAGACGUCGGUGGCCUGGAAGACUCGGAAUGA